GGUCAAAAUUGCAGCAUAUUCGUCGCCGAGUGUUUGGCUGGUUCUCGUGUCGCGGCGGCGUUGGGGGUGGGAACGCUCAUUUUCAUUGUCCCUUGAAAAACAUCCUCCGAGAUGCCGAAGAUCAGUCGUCACCGAAACUACCGUAAGACCUACCGCACGCCGUCCCGCGCGUUCGAGAAGGAGCGUCUCGACCAAGAGAUGAAGCUCUUGGGCGAGUACGGUCUUCGCUGCAAGCGCGAAAUCUGGCGUGUCCAGUACACGUUGGCCAAGCUUCGCAAGGCCGCGCGUCAGCUGUUGACGUUGGACCCGAAGGACCCGAAGCGCUUGUUUGAAGGGCCGGCUCUCAUGCGCCGCUUGAAGCGAUACGGAUUGUUGGCGGAAGACGAGAACGAAUUGGAUUUUGUCUUGCAAAUGAACACGCAAAAGUUGUUGGAGCGCCGCCUGCAAACCAAGGUGUUCAAGCAAGGUCUUGCCAAGAGCAUCCACCACGCCCGCACCUUGAUUAAGCAACGCCACAUCCGUGUCGGCCGUCAAUUGGUCGAUGUGCCGUCGUUCAUGGUCCGCCUCGACUCGGAAAAGCACAUUGACUUCUCCGUCACGUCGCCUUACGGACAAGGCCGCCCCGGCCGUGUCGCCCGCAAGCGCGCUGCGCAACGCGCUGCUGCCGCCAACGGUGGUGCCGAAGAAGAGGAUGACGAAUAAACGCGUCACUCCUGUGGGUUUACGCCAGGACGAUGACGAAGUUGCAAGACUGGUUUUUGUAGAGGGCACAUGAUGAAGCAAAAGACUCGCUACAGCUAUUGAAUAAUACACGGCAGUCCUUUAUGUUGGAUGCCAGUUCGGGACAAAUGUCGACCACAAGCGCGUGGGGGUGCCUUCGAAAGGCCACGAUAAUCUCGACCUGCAUGCUCUACCGACAUCGUAGCGUAAAUAAUCUGGCGUAUAGC